UCCACAAGUAGAUGUUAAAUAUCAUUACAGAUUAUAGGUAAAAUAAUAGAAAAUGACAUCGUAUACCUACAUUAUCGUUACAUGCAGGGGCGGAUUUAGAGACGAAUAUUAUGGGGUGCAUUAUCGAAAUUGUUUAAGGAACCGACCAGGACACAAAAAACACUAUCAAAAUUAUACAUAGAAUUUUUUAAAAUCAUCUGCCCCACCCUUUGACCAUGCGGCUCCGCCACUAGUUACAUGCUAAUCUAUAUUCACUUAAGGAAAACAAUAUAAAUACUUAGGUAGUUAUAAAUAGUUUCCAUAAGUUUUAAUUAAAUUUAAAUACAAUGGCAUAUGGAUGUAAUUUUUGUGGAAAACUCAGUGUUAAUUACAAAAUGUACUAAUGUUUUAAUAGAUCAGAUUCACCCAAAAGAUUAUGAAAGUUUGCCAUCUCCUUCUUGUUUGUUUUAUGUCUCUUCUCUUUCUCAUUCAUGGGGAUCUUUGCGGUUUUUGUCAUUGUCCCUUUUUGUUUGCUCUUCUUUGUGUCAGGUCUCAUCAUCAACCUCGUUCAGCUUGUGUUAUUCAUCUUUGUUCGUCCUGUCUCAAGAAGUUUGCAUAGAAGAAUCAACACAAGUGUUGCGGAGUUACUUUGGUUGCAGCUCAUAUGGCUCGUUGAUUGGUGGGCUUGCAUCAAGAUCAAUUUGUAUGCUGAUGCAGAGACUCUUGAACUAAUUGGUAAAGAACAUGCACUUGUCUUAUGCAAUCACCGAAGUGACAUCGACUGGCUCAUCGGAUGGGUCAUAGCUCAGCGUUCAGGUUGUCUUGGAAGCGCUCUAGCCAUCAUGAGCAUAGACAAUAAGUAUCUUCCAAUCAUAGGUUGGUCAAUGUGGUUUUCAGAAUACAUCUUCGUGGAAAAGAAUUGGGCCAAGGAUGAGAAUAACCUCAAGACAGGUUUUAAUCAACUGAAGGACUUUCCUACAGCGUUCUGGAUGGCGCUUUUUGUGGAAGGAACUCGAUUCACUCAAGAAAAUCUUGAAGCUGCCAAGGAUUAUGCAUCUCUAAAAGGCUUACCAUCCCCUCGCAAUGUUAUGAUUCCUCGUACAAAGGGAUUCGUUUCAGCGGUAGCUAACAUGCGCUCCUUCGUUCCAGCGAUUUAUGACUGCACAUAUACAGUUCAUAAGAGACAGUCUAUACCAACACUGCUUAGGAUGUUCUGUGGCCAAUCAUCUGAGGUGAAUUUGCAGAUGAGACGUUAUCAAAUGAGCCAACUGCCAGAAACUGCAGAUGGCAUUGCGCAGUGGUGCCAAGAUUUGUUUGUCGCCAAGGAUGUUCAACUUGAAAACUACUUCAAAAAUGAUGUGUUCAGCGACUUAGACUUUCACCAAAUUGGCCGGCCAAUCAAACCAUUGAUCGUGUUGUUAACUUGGUUCUGUCUCCUCAUAUACGGCAGCUUCAAGCUACUUCAGUGGUUCUCCAUGGCGAAUAUCAUCUGUUUCUUUGUCUUUUUCUUGAUGGUUGCAGUUUUAACAGUGCGACUUUUGAUCCAAUCCACCCAAUCAAGAGGCACAGUGCCUAACAACCUCUACUAGAACUCUCCCCUCCAGACAGAGACUUUGAUUAUUUUUCUAAUGAACAACCCACAUGUGUGUUACGUAUUUAAUGUCACAUAAGAAGACAUCCUUAUGUAAACUUUAGCAGUUUCAGUCAACAAGCUUUUGGGUGUUUCA